CACCCUGCACACCGCCACCGCCAUGGAGAUCACACAGUUCGUCGCCAGCCACCGCGAGGCUCUGCUAAUCGGCGACUACAAUACCUACCGCGCCCAGCUUUCGCGCCAGAUCCUGGCAACUCGAAGAAGACUCGGCCGAGCCACGAAUAAGAGAGAGAAGUUCGCGGUAAAGCCAGUCAGCGCGGAGGACAUUGGCAGCAAUCAUGAGUUUGCACGGCUGGUAUUGCUCACCUCAGAGCGAGCGUGGGCGCAUGCGAUGCACAUCAAGACAACCCAUACAGACGACGCCAGUGGGCGAGGCAUUACAGGCACGACACGGAGCCAUCUCAUUUCCCGGCUAAGCAAAGCUGCGAAAAUUGCUCGGAAUUUCGUGGGAUCGCUCAAGGACAGCGCUUCGAAUGCAACAGAGCAGGACAGAAUUGAGGCCAGGGCAUAUUUGGCGACUCUGGCUGGGUCUGAGGAAUUCGAGAAACACUCAGGCGGACACAAGUCCGAUGAAGAGUUGCAGAAAGGCUGGAAGUUGUGUCUGCGGCAUUACUCGGAAGCACGAGUCAUUUAUGCUGCACUCCUGGAGAAGGAGAAGAAAGACGUGUACAGGACUAUUCUAGCAGACACCGUGGACCCGACUAUUCGAUACGCGGCAUAUCAAGCACGCCUGUCACGAACGAUAGCCAUUUCCACUGUUGCGAAGCGCUAUUUUCCUAAAGAUGACCAGGAGCUGGUUACUGCUGUCGAGAAGCUCGAUGCGAAUGCAUUGCAGGACACACCAGCACCCAAGUCAACGGAUGAAGGCCAGACAGCACCACAGGAAGUUCCGAACAGUGUCUCCUGGCGCGGCCGCACCGCAAACAUUGUGGACGCUUCCAUCGGUCAGGCACUCGCGAGCGUGACUGCUGCUGAGCAAAGGCUACGUUCAUACUUAUCCUCGAACCCAUCAGCUUCCUCACGGGAUCAGGCCAACGCUUAUGACGACGUUCUCAUCGCCUCUCAAGAUGCUGCGGAUGCGACAAAGCGAGCCAUCGAUGAGCUUGAAAAAGAGCGCGUUGAGGAGAGCGAUGCGCGAAUGCAGGACCUGCGUGUGACGAGCUUGUCAGUGAACUACGACCUCGUAUCCUGGCGAGUUGGCAGGUAUCGCAUCCUGAUCGGCAAGGACGAUGGGCUGUCUUUCGGUGCACAACUCCAGAAGAAACCCCGACACGCGCGCAAGGAUGGCAAGGAGCAUCCCGACAAGGAAGAGCCACGAGGUCGACAGCUUGCGCGACUUCGCGAGCGUGUUGUGCUUUAUGAUGCCAUAAUCCAAAGCAUCAACUCAAUCAAGGAGCUCCGCGGAGCUAUGAGGGACGAGAGCUUCGUUGCCGAGCUGGAUGGCAAGGCCAGCUAUUUCCGUGCACUGAAGUGCCUCAACAUCUCGUAUUCACAUUCUCUGCUUGACAACCAUCUCAAUGCUUUGGCGCUAUUGAAAAGAGCUCAAGACUUGGUUGCAAAAUUCGCUUCCUCGGCAGACGCUCAGCACAGCAAUGCGCCGCCAACAUUGGAUGUUCACGCUGCAGAAGCGUCUCGUCUGAAAACCCAUGUCAACUCACUCGCUUCUCGUAUGCAUGCAAUCGUGGAGAUGCAGACGUUGGAAGCCAACUCAGCACUCGCAGUCAAGAAGAACAUGACCUCGGCCGAGCCGGUUGUCGAACGCCUGAACGACUAUCCUACGCCUGGCACACAGGUCGAUUUGACCAACCUGGUGAGAUAUCCUCCGAAGAUUGAGCCAGUACCUGUGAAACCAUUGUUUCUGGAUGUCGCCUUCAACUACAUCGACUACCCUGGCAGAAAGGCGCAAGCUAUCGUGGCAGAACAGGCUCCUGUGGCAAACAGCGCUCCGGAAGAACCCGUGCAGCAGCAGCAGCCACAAAAGAAAGGCUGGUUCAGCUUCGGACGAUAGCGCCAGUCCAUUGCGGCAUCAGCGCGAAGGGAGCGAGCUCUGUUCAUCGCUAUAUUCUCAAUCUACCGCAAUGAGAUGUCAGCUGUGGACAGCAGUCGAUCAUAGUGAUAGAGUCUCGUACGAACAAGGCCGCGGACGAAUUUCGUGGCACCAGAAACCCAAUCCAUCUUCCAAGCA